CGCCACCCAUACCACCACCACACCACCACCACCACGGGCUGUUGUUGUUUGUUGUUGUCGCGAUCGAGGCAACGUUUUCGGGUUUAAAUUUACAUUUUUAAAACCGUGGUGGUGGAAAAGAUUAAGAGUCCUUGUUAUCUAAACCAUCACACGCACGCGGAGAGAAAGAGAGAUGCAGUCGUACGGGCUGGAGAGAGGCCUCAACAUUCGCUACAGCCCCGGUCACGUUGAACUAUGCAAGGGGGAGGAGAGCGUGCGUGAGCGGCGCGUGCUGGUGACGGGCGCCACGGGCAUGCUGGGCCGCGCCGUCCACCAGGAGUUCCUCAACAACGGCUGGCUGCCGCUGGGCACGGGGCUACGCCGGGCUCGCCCGCACCACCUCCCGUUGGACCUGUGCGACGACGCGGCGGUGCGCAACCUCGUCCAGGACUUCAAGCCUCACGUGGUCGUCCACUGCGCGGCGGAGCGCAGGCCGGACGUGGUGGAGAACGAGCCGCAUUCCGCUCACCUCCUCAACGUGGUCGCGUCCGCCACGCUCGCGCGGGAGACCGCCCAGGUAGGCGGCUUCCUGAUCUACAUCAGCACGGACUACGUGUUCGACGGCAGCAGCCCCCCCUACAGCGAGAGCGCCGAGCCACGGCCGCUCAGCGCGUACGGGCGCAGCAAGCUGGAGGGCGAGCAGGCGACGCUGCGCGAACACCCCGCCGCGGCGGUGCUGCGCGUGCCGGUGCUGUACGGCGCCGUCGAGACCCUGGCGGAGAGCGCCGUGUCCGUGAUGUUCGACCGCGUGCAGCACGCCAACAAGUCGGCCGACUUGGAGCACUGGCAGCAGCGCUACCCGACGCACACGCGCGACGUCGCCCUCGUGUGCCGCCAGCUGACCGAGCUGCACCUGCAGGACCCCGCCGCCAUCAGGGGCAUUUACCACUGGUCGGGGAAUGAAAAGAUGACUAAGUACGAGAUGGCGUGUGCCAUGGCCGAUGCCUUCAAUCUGCCGAGCAGCCACCUGAGACCGGUGGAGGAGCCUCCGUCCGGGGCGUCCCGUCCGCACAACGCUCAGCUCGACACGUCUCUGCUCGAGAGCCUGGGCGUCGGGCAGCGCACGCCGUUCCGCCAGGGCAUCCACGAGUGCCUGUGGCCGUUCCUGGACGACAAUCGGUGGCGCCAGACGGUCUUCCACUGAGGCCCGGGCACCGGCGGGACAGCGCGCCGUGGGUCUCUGGCGCAUGGCUGUCUAGGCAUGUAACGAUUUACCCACCCCCACCCCCUGCUCCGCACGCCGGCGAUUCCAUAGGUUGUCACGAUUCAGGGUUUCACGAUUCGAUUUAGGAAUCUUCCUCUGUUAUCCCGCUUGUACGUUUGUACCGCACUGUCUCUCCCGUGUUCUUUAUCAGGUUCGUUAGGUCUCGUCCAUGCCAUUAAGCCGAAGGUAACUUUUUUGUUCUUCAUAAUUUGUGUAAAUACGAUGAAACCGGCUCUUCCACGCAAGAUUUCAAUGUGUGUAGCAUGAACGUAAUGUAGGUAUCUUGAACUUCUUUCGCACCGUACGUACCCAAUCGUGCUAAUCGGAGGUGUGCAUGAUGGACAACAAAAUGAACACAAAAAGCAGUUCUAAAGAAAAGAUUUUUUCAGCUUUUAAUUUAGAUAUGAUUUAAGUUUACCAAUUGUUACAUGCCUACAACUGACACAGCAUAUCUAUGGAAUCGCAGUUAAAAACACAUUUAGUAUUGUGUGUGUUUGUGGCAUGGUCAUCUUUGUUUAAAAAUGACAAUACUUUAUCGUCAGCUUCAUAUCGCUCCUGUCCACUGCUUGAGUAGCGCCUCCUGCAUUUGCUCUUUUGUCGCGUGCUGCCCAUUUAGCACUUCACAGACGCGUCUCGCUUAACGAGAGUGAUAGGUUCCGCGAAAAUUGCCAGUUCAGCGAAAACGCGUUAAAGCGAUCACCGUUUUUCCAUUGACUCCCAUGUUAAAAGCCGAGUUACGUUUCAUCCCCCAGAACAUUCCACUCUUGAACAACUUUCUUAACGUGAGAAAUACGAAAUAAAGUAAUAAAACAUCGAAUGUGACACUGAGCACCCAUGAAUAACCACACAGCGCGUGCAGGGUGCCUGUCCGUAGCGUAGCCCCCCGUCCACCUGCCCCCAGCCCUCCCGCCCCUCCCGCCCCACCCGCCCAUUACAGUGCCAUUACGAAGCCCCCCACAUGGGGAAUCACGUGGGAAGCACAGCCGGGAAACAGCUGCGGGACGCGGUGCGCAUUCGAUCGAUUCGCUACGCGAACAUUUGCUCGUUUUGCGAACAAAUGGGUCUAAAUUCAAAUUUUUCGCACAGCUCGUUGAGCGAGGCACCUGUAUUUGAUUUAUCUGUCCCAACUUCAUCGCAAUUUCUUUGUUAAUUAUUCAGUGUGUGUAGCUCGUACGUCACCAGCUUAUUGUAUCGCUCAUUUACCUCUCCAUCUAACACGGUGUUGUUAUCCGAGUCCUUGUCGUCAUUUGUUAAUAACCACGUUUGAAAUGUUUUGUUUUAUAAUGUUGGUUUUGUGUUUGGAUACAUGGUGUCUGUACCAACAUACCGGAUAGUACAGUAACGCAGUACAUUAUUAAUGGAUGUACACCGACAUAGGUUUGGUAGUGUGGCCAAAUUUGCUCGCGCAUUUUUUUCUAAAGUAGUUCACCGUUUCGAUUUAAAGCUUUCGUGACUGCAGGGAUUCAUCUUCUUGGUUCUUUCGGUAAAGUCACGUAGAAGGGAAGUAAUAAAAUAAUAAAAAUAAAACAUAAUAAAAUAAAAUAAUUCUCACGACGUUUCGGCUACAAUGCAAGCAGCCGUCUUCACCUGAACCAAGAAGAUAGUUCACCGUUGCUCCUUUGUUUCUACUCGCCUGGAGUUAUUUGGGGCUUUCAAAGUGUAACUACUGCAAUGAUGUCCAUUAACCAAUUCGCCCUGUCAGCGCAGAUGAUCAUUAUCAGUAACCGGUCAUUCCCUUUCACCCUCCACUCGCCCCCUUGCAGUUAUGGAUGUUUGUAUAAAAGCUAAAAGCUGUACCUCCGUUACAAUAAGGGUAGUUUGUGAAAAUGCCACGUUGUGUUGGCAUACACACACACAGUUGUGGGCAUACUGCACUGAUCUGUUCACGUUACCACGUGUUGACCUCCCCUAAGCCACCAUCAAGUUAGCUGCUGAUGCAGAGACAGCACCGGUGACGAGAUGUCAGGCCCCACACCAUCGCCCCCCUCUGUAACUUUCCGACCAUUGUUCCCUACAGCCCCUUGUCAAUGCACUGUUGGAGGAAGGCCUCCCCCACACCAUGUCACUCAUGAGGUUUAUAUGACCACACAUCUUCAUCUUGGUGAGUCCAUAUUGGUGAAAGGAGGGGGGCCAGGACUGAUUCAAAUAUCACCGAUGUUAGUCGUGACCGACAAUUGAACUUGGGUUGCCAGGUUCAUAGUGCAGUGCGGUAUAACCGCUGUACGGCCACUUCCGCGACCAUUUUAGCACUUAUUAUCAAAGCUAAGAGGAAGAUAUCUUUGUGCGGGUUACGUCUAGUUCAUUAUCGGUGCUUUACACUCCAAAACCGGGUGAGGCUGAAACACUCGCUUGAGUCUUUUAAACGUUAUCGCGCUUACAGCCAUCGACAAUGGGAUUGGCGAUUAAGCGAGCACGCUCUGCUCCUGUCAAAUGUUGUGUCUUGCACCGUCGCUGCUACAAGCACUCCAUAGCAUGAGACGCACGUGGCCUGACACUGCGCUGAUGAUACUGUGUCUGAACACUGGGAGCCCAGCGCGUGCGCAUGCUGUUUGGCAGUUUCGGUGCGUUUGAUUUAUUUACAAGAAUUGCAGUUUUUUUGUUGUGAGCGCGCCAUGGUAAAACCUGCCCAGCGCUGCGACGUUCACACACACAGACAUUGCACACAGGAAGAUGGAUAAAAUAGGUCAUUUGAAAUGCUGUUGGGGAAAUGAAGGAAUAGAUGGGUAAGUCGAAGUUAGACUGGAUAUGUCUUUCUUUUGUAAAGGAACAAGAAAGAAACCCUUGAUGUGUUACCGCUGCACGGGUCUUGACAUUCACCAACUCGUGUUCAGGAUGGCUGUUGUUAUCAGAGCCGCCCAGGCGGAGAGAGGGUUGAGUGGGCACAUGGGGCAACGUUCCCUGGGCCUCACAAGAGAGGGCCCUCUAUCAGGGGCCUGGGAUUUUGAAUAAAGGAGCUCCCCGCGUGGCAUUCUGCCCGGGGCCGUCAGCCCCAGGCCUCCGGGAGCCUGCGGGCAGCCCUGGUUGUUGGAGCAGGUCAAGUGAGUUGCGUGACGUUUUCCAGUUUUGUGCACGGGUGUUGGUUCCAACAAUACGCACGGGUUUUUGCCGUCUUUGUCUUUCUAUUAGGUCCAACACAGCUCUUUAAUCCAAGUGUGAACUGGUCGAGAGGGUCGCUUGUUCAAUGGGGUCUUCGCUUCUCAAUGCCAUUUUGAAUGUAGGCCCCCAUUAUUUGCCGCUUACGUGGUUUUUGUUUGUGCGAGAGGUUUCGGCACCGCGGUAGAGAUUUUUUGAGCCGGUUUGAGUGAGAUGCGAGUGUGCGUCGCGCGGUGCUCCGAAAGUGUUGCCGGAUGCGGAGGCGUUUUGAAGCGAGAGUCACUUCGACUCCCAAGCUGUGAAGCCGUUUCGGAAGUUUGCACUUUGUUUCAGCUUUCAAACGACCCUCGAUUGCUUUGUUUUCGUGAACACGGGAAUAUUUGUAUUUGUUGCACGAGCAAAGUUGCAGUUGGGUUUUUCAAGAGCGCGGCGUUCGUUCGUUCGUUCCUCAAAGGUGUGUUACGUUAUCAACACUUUGUUCACAAAUGUUGAGUGGGAUUGGUUCGGUUUAAAGUGCACGCGCCAUUUGUGGCGCGACCGGCGGUGUUAACGGUACAGCAAAGCGACGGUCCAUUUAUAGAUACCCCACGAAAAAACGAAACUUUUUGUAUCUUACCAGGUCAGGCGUCACUGCGCUCCUCCACAGCUCUUUUUUAGAAGCGACCUGGUCACAAAUGAUAGCUCAACGGAAGCGGCUUAUCAACGCAUAGCAGCCAAAUACUUUGAACGCACGUUUCUAAAUGUGGAGUGGAAAAACCGGAGGACCCGGAGAAAUAUCCACGCACCCGCGGUGCGAGAGACACGCAAACUCCAAAUAUACAAGGCAGCGUCAGGUUCAGGAUCUAAGCCACGACCUCCUGCAUUGCCAGGCGAGACAGACAUCAGUUGCAGGGGAAAACUACCGGUACGUUUAAUUUCAAAGCCUCUCCACAUCUCUCACAAAAUUCGAUGCACUUAUGAAAUCGUUCAUGAACUCGUCCCCCCGAUGCACUUUGUCCAACCGUAGCCGGCGUGAUGUUGCCGACAUCAUUCGAUGAUGCUUCUUACGCCGAGGCCAUCAACGGUGCCUUGUGACCAGCCCCACCGUGUCCUGCACGAGACCAGCCGGGGUCGUUUGAAAUCAGUGGGGGUGUCUAUACGUUGAUCGCCGUGUAAUAUGUUGACAUUAAAAAGCAAACGUCAACUGGGCUGCUGUUAAAUUGUUGUUAGGACGUCAGCAAUGGAAUGGCCAGUGCGGAAGAUGGCAAGGGAUUGUUACUCUUUUAAGACGUUGCAAAUGUCGACGUGUUCGGGCGCCUACGGACCGGUGUGUUGAAGUUGUAAACUGCUUUGUGUGGCAGCCCCCCUCCAUUCGGUCGUGUUUACAUGAAUGAAAAAGUGUUACCCUACAACUGCUUUGUUCGACAUUGUUUCUCUCCUCCAUCUGUUACAACAACGCUUGCUCUCUGUGAUCUUCUGCGCGGACAGCGUGAACGUCAAUGCCCUCCUACAGCUUGAUCGAUGUGUUCGGUGGGGAACGGCAAAUCAUUACCAAUUUAUUUACGUGAUUACACAGCGAAGUACUGAACUUGUAAUCGACAAUUUGUAAAUAGAACGUUGUGUUUAUGUAAAAAAACAUUUUUGUGUGCCAGAUUUGCCUGGCACUUAUCCGAUUCAAUUGGCACCCACGUGGUUUUCCACCCCAUUUGCGUGUGGAUUGAUAUUUUUGUAUCGAUUUCCAAACCUGUCAACUCGUACGGUUUACCCGUAUUCUUGUGCAGGGAAAUUGAGUAACAUUUUUUUCUCCCUUGUCGGAUGAACGUUUUGAGAUUUUCUAUAAGGGGCACGGGGUGACCAAUAAGGUCUGAAUUGGUCUGUAAUAAUAUGGUCGGGCACUGAUAAGGGGUUGACAGGUUUGGAGAUCUUCUGGAGCUGCUGUCACAGCAGUCGAGGUCUUCCACGGCAUUCCGAAACACCGGUGUGCGCGCAUUUCGUGGGCCUGCGCGUGCGACUUUUGGGGACGCAGUUUGCCCCCUGCUUGCUUCCUUCUCAAGACACGGCAGACCCCACUGCGUUGAAUGGCACGGAGCUAAAUUGUCUGUAGUCAGCACCGAAAACAUCUGGCGCGCGCUAUUUCACAACGCGCGCACGUCCAAGUAAACCCAAUCGAUGUUCGGUAAUUGGCAGCGUUUGCUUCAAAGUUUUCAAAUGUUCCCCAAAACCCGAUGGGCCGGGCCAGUUCCUUACGGAUGAUUCGUGACGGUAAUUGCGGUGAAUGAAUGUAUCCGACACGUGGUCAUGGUUUGUUUGUUUGUUUUCCCUGCUUCGCUUUUCGCUUUUGAAGUUGCAACCCACCGAGAUUGUCCGCGGCUAAGAUGAAUGUUGUUGCUGCUGCUGCUGCACGUGAUCGCGCGGCGGACGCGCUAUAAAGGUUUCACGUUACAAUCACUCUUGUGGAGCAGAAAGCCCCUGUGUGUGUGCUUUUAUUGGUGUGCAAGGAAACACUUCGCACGCACUCGUAAUAUCAUCGGACAAUGCACGGACAUUUUUAUAUGUUUAAAAACAACAACAGUAUGACACGUUGCUAAUAUG